AUGGACAUUGUAACUACCGACAAGCCCUCAAUUAAGAGGCACAGUCGAGAAGUCUCCCAUCACAAAGCCUCACUCCGUCGUUCCACCAAAGGUCCUCUCGAUAUAGUUGAUCUACUAUCAAUCCCCUCAUCCUCCCUCCCACCACAAGACACCAACUUUUCACCACCCUCAACGCCCCUCCCCACCUCCCCGCCAACCAACCCUGUUCCCCCACCAACACAAAUCGACAUCACCUUCCUCACCUCCCCAAAACUUUACCACACCCUCCCGCCCCCUCUCUUCGCCUCCUCCGCCCUACGCUCACCCAAUCCCACAUCCAACCCCUCAACCCUCUUCGCAUCAAAAAACUACCACGCCGCAGCCCUUGCCUCCGCAAGCGCGAUCACCACGCCCCCCUCACCCCUCCCCCACCACCUUUUCGAACUCCUCCACAUCCGCCUCGCGUCCCUGACACAACUGCAUCACCUCCCCCUCGCGAUCGAGGAAGCCCGAGCAUUGGAAGAUGUGCAUUCGGCUUUCUACCGCGUCCCUAGGCCUGAUGAUAACGGGUAUGACACCUGCAGUCUCCCAUGGAAGUUAAGGAUGCUUGUGACGAGGUUGCUCGCUUACACCCCACCUGACCCCGGGAGAGCGGGUGAUGGAGUGAGGAUUGGGGCAGGAGGGGGAGGGGGAGGGGGCGGUGUAGCAGGCUUCUACGAGCUCGCAAGGGAUGCGAGGGUGGAAUUUGCGCGGGCGAGGAGCGAGGAGGAGAAGGGGCUAUGGAAGGAGAGGGCGAGGGAGUGUGCUUGGGGUGUUGUUGAGGCGUUGGAGGGGGAGGGAGAUUUCAAGGGUGCGGUGGGUAUGUUGAAGGGGAUGGUUAAGCGGGAGAAGAAUCGUGGGGGAGGGGAGGUUGGGAGAGGGGGUGAGGGAGAGGGGGAUAGGACGAGGAGGCGGCUGGUGCUGCUUUACGUGAGGGUUGGGGAUGUUGAUGCUGCGAGGAUGGUUCUGGAGGAAAUAGAUAGGGAUGUGGAAGGGAGAGAGGUUUUGGAGGGGUUGGUGAAGGUGUGUCUUGGGGACUGGGAAGGCGUUGGUGAUCGAGCUGCGGGUCAGCGGCAAGCAACUGGAAGGGAAGACACAAAUCUGAAGAAUAAUGAUGCUGUGAGGAUGUUUUAUGCUGGAAAGAUUGAGGAGAGCGUCACGCUCCUGGAGUCACUGGUUGAGAAUGGGAGGGUGGACAGAGAAACUAUCUUCAAUUUGGCCACUUUAUUUGAGUUAAUGGGAGAGCGCGGCGUGAAGGAGAGGAAAGAGGAGCUGGUCGAGCGUGUGCUUGAGAAGUUAGGAGGAGAUGAGAGCGUGCUUGCAAAGGCAGACUUUAAAUUAUGA